AUGCCACCUCCUCUUACUCGUGUCUACAAGCCGAAACCACCAUACCCACGAGCUUUGAAAGGACCAAAGAAGGAGAAAGAAAGGGCUAAGCUGAAAGAGAUAAUCGAGCAGUUAAAUGUGAGGUUACCUUUCAUUGAAGCUUGUGCAAUGAUACCUGCUCUUAGGAAAUAUAUGAAGGGUAUUCUAACAAAUUCUCUAGCAUUAGAAGAAGGUGUUAUGAUGAUAACUCAUGAAUGUAGUUCCAUCUUACAGAACCAUAUCCCCCAGAAGAAAAAAGAUCCGGGAAGUUUUGGUUUAGGAUAUCAUACUUUCCAGCCCACAAAAAUCUCGCUGAUUCUUGCCGAUCGAUCAGUCAGACGACCAGAAGGAGUCUUGGUUGAUGUAUCAGUCAUGAUUGGAGAAAAUUGUAUUCCAACUGAUUUCGUAGUGCUUGAAUUGGAAAGAGAACCAAAAGACCCUCUAAUUCUCAGUAGACCUUUCCUAUCAACUGCAGAAGCAAUAAUCAAUGUUAGGAAAGAUAGACCUACAUCUAGGAAGUUUGAUUAUGCAGUUCGAUAUGAACAAGAGUCUUGA